AUGGCAACGGAUAACACAACCACACGCAAAAGAAAGCAAGAAAAUUGGUCUGAUUUUGUUUACUCAUCGCCAAAUUCACCGCAACAACCAUUGUCUCAUCAUCAUCAUCCUCAGCAGCAUCAUGAUUUCAACAUGGAGUCCGUAUUCAGCACUGCUCCGCAUGAACAUCCUGAUCAGGUUAAUGCUGGCAGCAGAAGACACUCUGUCACGGUGGGCGAAAUGCACUUUCAUUCAUUCAAUAAACCACACGGCUACCAUGAUUUAGAGCAGCUUCUGGGCGCCUCUCUGCCUUCAUCUUGGUCUUCUUCUAGCUCUGGUGCUUCUACCAUUCAGCAGAAUAACAACAACAUUGAUGUCAUGCCUCAUCGUCGUGCCAUGUCUCUGCGCUUGGACACACCUACUCAGCCUAUCGAUAUGCACCGUGCUUCCAUCUCCACUGCUUCACCCACCACGCCCGCCUUCUUUUCUCCUAGCUUUCUGGAUGCACUAAAGCAGGAUGACGAUAUUAUGUUUGAUUCGAAUCACCACUUCUCUGAUGAUAUGAUCCAUGACUUUAUGAUGUCUACUUCGGCUCCACAAGUCACUGCAGCAGCAGCAGCAGCAGCAGCAGCAACGACAGCAACAGGAACCACAUCAACAAUCACACCAUCUGUUAUCAGCACAGGUGACGAUGUUCAUAACCUUACAAACUGGCUUUUAAAUCAACCUACAACAACUCCUGCCGCAAAUAGCAAUGUGGUAAAGAGAAAAUCAUCGACAACAUCCACAAACACAUCAUCUACAUCGCCUUCAUCGCCCUCUGUGCAUAUGAUAUCUACACCAUCGCCUCCCUCUGCUUCCAUGACCUCUUUAUAUCAGCAGCAACACCCCUCCAUCCCAGAGGAAGAGGAUGAGGACAUUGAUACCAACUUACUUCGCAAUAGCACCAUCAACUCCCGCAUCAUCCAAGGCAACAAUAAUGCGUCUAUCAUGAAGCCUUUGAUUCAAAAGUAUCUUGGUACCCUUGAAGAUGAACGAAAAGUGAUUAUCCUCACAAGUAAAGUAGCACAAAAGAGCUAUGGUACUGAAAAGAGAUUCUUGUGUCCACCACCAUCCACCGUGCUUUCUGGCGCAUCAUGGCAUACAAACAGCUCUGCGACCUCAUUAUCUACAAAACCUCUACCUCCCAGCCUGGUGGUCCAAAUUUCGGGUGAAAAGACGAGCCAGAACGGAGUGAUUGAAUGGCAUAACAGCAACAACACUGUAAUUGAUGCUAACUCUAUUAUGCCUGGUGAUACAGCAGGCGUGACAGGAAACUGUGUAUCUAAACAGUUGCAUAUCAACGAUGCAGACGAGAAGCGAAAGCGAGUCGAGGUGUUUGUUAAGAUCAGCCUUGGAAACGGUGUUCAUCUUGGCUCGUUUGUCUCCAAGGGCAUCAAGGUUAUCUCCAAGCCAUCAAAGAAGAGACAAAGCGUAAAGAACAUGGAACUAUGCAUCCAUCAUGGAACAACUAUUUCUCUGUUUAAUCGUAUUCGCUCUCAAACCGUGUCAACCAAGUACUUGGGUGUCUCCACUAACAGCAAUGGCAGCAGUAACAACGCUGGCACCUGCUUUGUCGCUAGAACCGCUUCUUGGGAUCCAUUUGUCAUUUGGAUUGUAGACACCACUCGCUCGCCUGAUAGUCAGCAACAACAACCACAGCAACUCACACAUCACCCUGACAACCCUCAUUUCCCUCCUCCUCCAGCAAUUGCCAUGCAGACAACGCCUGGACAAACCCCCAUUGCAUUACACUACAACCAGACUGUUGUCUUGCAGUGUGUGAGCACAGGUUUAGUAAGCCCUGUUAUGGUGAUUAGAAAGGUGGAUAAAGGCAGCAUGAUCAUGGGUGGAAAUCGUCUUGAUGAUCUCUCUGGCCCUACUGGUGGUGAAUGUGGUGAUGAAGCCUUGGGUGACCCCGUUUCUCAACUUCAUAAAAUUGCUUUCCAAAUCGUCCAAGAUCCAUCCAUUGCACACAACAACAAGGCCAAUUACAGACACUACCAGUUGCCUCAGCACUUGUCGACUACCGAGUGGACCUUGCCUCAGACAAGUCAAGCUGUGACCUAUCUCGCCUGUUUGGACAACGUCGUUGGUAUGCAUAAGACAACCACUGAAAGAAGCUUUGUUGCCCCUCGUCCUAUUCCUCCUGCGCCUCCAGCUUCCACCUCCACCUCUGCAUUGAAUAGCCACAACAACAUGCCCAUCGAAUCCUCACUGCUGUCGUCUUCUUGGUCUGCCGAGUCCACAUUUGAUGGCUACAACAUGAUGAAUCAACACCAGCAACUUCAACAGCAGCAACCACAACAGCCAUUGGAGACGGGUGGAGGAAAGAUGACUAGAAAGAGAAGAGUGUCGUGCGAUGUAUCUGGAAAGCCCAUGUCUAUGCCCAUCAUGAAGAAUAAUCCAAGCAACCGUCGUCGUGUCAACUCGCUCAACGAUGGUUUACUGGUGAAGCACGAGAAUACAGGCGCUGGUCGUCGUAGCAGUCUUUCCUCUGAUCGUCGUGGCAGCGUCAGCUCAGACAGUGGUAUUUAUCACACAAAUGGCGCUUGCUGGACAGAGGAUGUUUCCGACGUUUCAGUAUGGACGAUUGUUGGCACAGAUUGUGCAACUUACAAAUUCUAUACACCACCAGCCAUUGUUGAUUUGAACUCGCCUUUCGCCAACAACACAGUCUCUGCCAGCCCUAUUACACCAUUCCCCAUCUUGUCUGUCACCGGCAACCAGCUUGUUCAUAACGCCAACAUUCAGCAAAUGCUGCACUUGACAGGAGAGAACUUUGCACGCGACUUAUCCGUGUGGUUUGGUGAUGUAAAGGCACCUCGUACAGAUUACAAGUCUCGGGAAUCGAUUUCUUGUUCUAUCCCUGACCUCCAGGAAUUAAUGGAUAGUCCUACAUCGUUCUUCGAUAACGACACUCAACAUCACAAGAUUCCUCUUUUAUUUGUCCGUGGUGAUGGUAUUGUCUACAACACUGAUAUGUUUUAUAGCUUUUAA